GAUAUCAUUGACCAUUGUUUUUCUUUAGUAGAGCAUCUUGUUUGACCUUGUGCAAUCAUAAAAUAUACCUCGGUUGGGCAGCACAAUGAUCGUCGAGCUCGCCAUUCUUGGUUUGACUGUUGCGUUGAUUUAUCAUUUCUUCUUCGAGUUUCGAGGCCACAACUUGCCUCCAGGCCCCCGGCCAUGGCCACUGAUCGGCAACAUAACGCUGUUGGGCAAAGAUCUUCAUCUUAGACUGACAAAGUUGGGAGAAAAGUAUGGCAAGGUUUUUCGAUUGUUUACAGGGCACAAAAUGAUGGUUGUGGUGAGCGGRGAUAUGAUCAAAGAGGCCCUUGUCAGAAACCCUAAGCAGUUUGCUGAUCGUCCACUGGAAAUGUCCGGAGAAAAUACAGUUGAUAAAAAGGAUUAUCAAACCCCUGGGUUGCCRGCUAUGUCGUAUGGACCAAAGUGGAAAYUAUUUCGCAAACUCAAUCACUCUGCAAUAAAAGUCUAUAGCGAAGGCAAAUUGCAAGAAUGCAUUUGCAAAGAGGUGGAUGAACUGUGCAAGAGACUUGAAUCACAACGUGAAAAGCCAAUCGACAUUCCAAUGGAAUUUCAUAUUUCURUUACAAACGUGAUCAUGACACAAAUUACUGGCGAGCGUUACGAAAUCGAUGACACUCGAUUUCGCAAGAUAUUUGAUAUUAACAACCAGCUCUUGAGUUUGCAAUUUCCACUGAACAAUCGCAUCCUUCAAUACUUCACCACACAGGGUGAUCUCGUAAAUAAGUUUGUCCCUCUCUUGAAAGCRCGUUACGAUGAAAUGAACGAACGUUACCAGAAUCACAAGAAACGAUUUGACGGUGAAACGGUUCAUGAUUUCACAGAUGCCCUUUUGCUUAAGAAAGAGGAAGCUGAGAAAGAAGACAGCCAGAAUAAACAACAUCUGACUGACACCAACCUCAUCACAGCAGGACUUUCUGGGCUCUUUACUGCUGGUGCAGACACGACCUCUACAGCCAUGUCUUGGGCUGUAUUGUUCCUUCUCCACAAUCCAAAGAUCCAAGAAAGACUUCAUCAAGAAAUCGUCGACCUUAUUGGCCCUGAUGAGUUCCCAACUUUGCAGGCUAAGAAAAGCCUCCCCAUUUUAGAGGCGUUCACAGCCGAAACCUUGCGAAUGGGAAAUGUUUUACCACUUGCAAUACCACACAUGACAACGGAAGACGUAAUGCUUGGUGGGUACAACAUUCCCAAGGGUACGCGUGUACUUGCCAACACAUGGUCUCUUCACCACGAUCCUGCUAUCUGGAAGAAUCCUUUUACUUUUAGCGUAGACCGUCACUUGGACGAGUCAGGCAAGUUUGUCUCACCCRCAGGUGGUACGUUUUUGCCGUUUGGAGCAGGACCACGUGUAUGCGUAGGCGAGGUGCUGGCCCGUUCGGAGCUGUUCAUGUUUCUUUGUCGACUUUUKCAGCAGUUUAAGUUUGAGAAUCCAAGUGGGUGUGACUUACCGUCAUUAGAAGGAUUAAUGGCUAUAGUAAUGCGUCCCAAGCCAUAUCUCGUUCGCGUGGUAAAAAGAAUCUAGUGUAGCAGUAGCUUUAAUCGUCAGAGAGUUACUACUAACUCUUCGUUAGCACUCUUCUCAGAAGUUAACAGUUAAUCAGUGGUCUUCAAAAGCUUUCCUAAUUAAAAACUUUAGCAGAUGCCGUCAAAACCGAUGAAACUAUAAAGAAUGAACAAGGAUAAGGCCUUUUGUGUUUCUUGUGCAAGAUAUCACACAGCGAAGCAAACGUGUUAAGAUGGAAAAUGAUGACAAAAUAUAAAGUAACCCUAUGAUAGCAAGUAAUAGCAUAACCCAAAAAURCAAUCAGUGUCUCAGUCAUUUGUAAAUGAACCCUGUAGCUUAAGUCACUUAUACACAGAAAACGACUUAAAAGAAAGGUCUGAAUUAUGUAAUGCAACUGUAACUUAGUAGCCAUGUCCAAUUUUAAUGUUGCCAAUACUUUUCUAAAGUCAUUCGAUGUAACUUGCUUAUGAGUGUGAUCAUAUAAUUGUUGAUCAUACAAAACUAAUCAAUGAAUAUUUCCACAAAAUUUUGCAAACAAAAUUGCGCCUUUCAUGGCAAAUACAAUUUAAAACAAUCAAUUUCAAUCCAGAAGGUCGGCAUACGACAAAACGUUUUUGUAAUAUUGCUAAAUAUUACUUAAAUUUUAAUUUACAAUUCCUUCUAAAACUUUUGAUAAAACACUUAUUGUUUUURUAAAUCUCUUUCAAUUCGGCCUKUACAGAUCGUUGAAUCUGUACAUUUUACAAAUAUUUGUUUAACACUUUUGCUGUUUCGGAACUUCUGAUUACCUUUAAUUACUUUCAAACAAUGCCUCGUACGUGCGCUAYAGAUCKGGACUAAUCCUUUAAUAUUUGUUUAUCGUACAUUUUCCGAUGUCAUGCGCACUUGAAUUCUGCUUACUUAAGGGAAUUCCGAAAUCGAUAAUUAAGUGCGGAUGACAUCAACUUUGAUAGUUUCAUAAUUUCAAAUAAUUUUAUUGUUUACAUKUCUAASUUUUCAUAAUGUUCAACUUUUCCUACAUUUUUCAUAUUGUAUCUUUAUAAGGGUCAGUCGUUGAUUUAAGGUUAUAUAUCUUUGGUAUUAUGACUUGUGGGAAAUACGCCCAGUUAUGUAAAUAUAAUCUUACAUAGAGUGACGUAUCAUUCAGUAUAAAAAGGGCUAGUUUACCUAGUUCUGGAGAGUUUUGUAAGGACCUUUUAAGUUCAAUAAAUCUGUUGUGUGCCUA